AUUAUUAAAGCGGUAGCCGGCUGGCGCUGAUAAGCAACAAGUUCCCCAGCGGUCUUCCCGCCCUAGCCUGAAAAGGAUAAGGUUUUCUUACCUGGCGACAGGGAAAACUCCCGAGUCGAGCUCAGCUUUGCCAGAGCCCCAGGUGUGACCUGAGCAGUGGGCAAGGGAGCGGUGUGCAGGCUGGGUUAUUUUUACGGGGUUACCCUGAAAUGCCUCACUUUCUCGGGGAACUUUCAGUGCCAGGACCCAGUGACGGGCAGCCCCAGGAACCACCGGCUAUAUAGCAGGGCAGUUGGGCGGUCAUUGGUAACCUCGCUCAUUCAUUAGAAUCACGUAAGAACUCAAAGGGAAACGCGUCUCUCGGAGUGAGUGGUGUUGCAUAAAUCUAUAGGUUUUUCAACAUCGGUGCCAGUUGCUUUGUCUUCUGUAGUCGCCAAGGUGGUUUAGAGUCUAAGCUUACGGAUAUUGCAAAGGGUUAUUAGAUUCAUAAGUCACACCAAGUGGUGGGCGAUCCACUGAGCAAAGCCGAACUUCUCACAUGAUGACUUCAAACAAGACACAUUACCUUCCAGCAUCUGUUGGGGAGACGAGAUUUUAAGACACUUGAGUCUCCAGGACAGCAAAGGCACAAUGUUCCACCAGGUGAGAAGAGUGAUGACCAUCCUUUUCCUUACUAUGGUUAUUUCAUACUUCGGUUGCAUGAAGGCUGCCCCCAUGAAAGAAGCAAAUGUCCGAGGACAAGGCAGCUUGGCCUACCCGGGUGUGCGGACCCAUGGGACUCUGGAGAGCAUGAAUGGGCCCAAGGCAGGUUCAAGAGGCCUGACGUCACUGGCUGACACUUUUGAACAUGUGAUAGAAGAGCUGUUGGAUGAGGACCAGAAAGUUCGGCCCAGCGAAGAAAACAAUAAGGACGCAGACUUGUACACUUCCAGGGUGAUGCUCAGUAGUCAAGUGCCUUUGGAGCCUCCUCUUCUCUUUCUGCUUGAGGAAUACAAAAAUUACCUGGAUGCUGCAAACAUGUCUAUGAGGGUCCGGCGCCACUCUGACCCUGCCCGCCGUGGGGAGCUGAGUGUAUGUGACAGUAUUAGUGAGUGGGUAACAGCGGCAGAUAAAAAGACUGCAGUGGACAUGUCAGGUGGGACGGUCACAGUCCUUGAGAAAGUCCCUGUAUCAAAAGGCCAACUGAAGCAAUACUUCUACGAGACCAAGUGCAAUCCCAUGGGUUACACGAAAGAAGGCUGCAGGGGCAUAGACAAAAGGCAUUGGAACUCCCAAUGCCGAACUACCCAAUCGUACGUGCGGGCCCUUACCAUGGAUAGCAAAAAGAGAAUUGGCUGGCGAUUCAUAAGGAUAGACACUUCCUGUGUAUGUACAUUGACCAUUAAAAGGGGAAGAUAGUGGAUUUAUGUUGUAUAGAUUAUAUUGAGACAAAAAUUAUCUAUUUGUAUAUAUACAUAACAGGGUAAAUUAUUCAGUUAAGAAAAAAUAAUUUUAUGAACUGCAUGUAUAAAUGAAAUUUAUACAGUACAGUGGUUCUACAAUCUAUUUAUUGGACAUAUCCAUGACCAGAAGGGAAACAGUCAUUUGCGCACAAUGCAUUACAUUCCUUGAUAAUGUUGUGGUUUGUUGCCGUUGCCAAGAAUUGAAAACAUAAAAAGUUUAAAAAAAAAAAAUAAAUUGCAUGCUGCUUUAAUUGUGAAUUGAUAAUAAACUGUCCUCUUUUGGAAAACAGACAAAAAACAAAAAAACAACAAUUUGAACCAAAACAUUCCGUUUACAUUUUAGAUAGUAAAUAUCUUCGUUCUUGUUAGUACUAUAUCUGUUUUACUGCUUUUAACUUCUGAUAGCUUUGGAAUUAAAACAAUGUCAAGGUGCUGUUGUCAUUGCUUUACUGGCUUAGGGGGUGGGGGAUGGGAGGGGAAUAUUUUUGUUUGUUUUGUGGUUUUUUUGUUUGUUUGUUUGUUUUGUUUUUUAGUUCCCCCAGGGAGUAAGGAUGGGGAAAGAAUUUCUUCAUUAUAUAUCCUGGCAGAUAAAAGAUACAUUUGUAUGUUGUAGAGAUGUUUGCAGUAUCAAUCAGAUGACUGGAAAGUGAAUAAAAAUUAAGGCAACUGAACAAGAUGCUCACACCCCACUUCCCAUGAUGUAGGUCCCAGGCCCCCGCUCACUCCACUCUUUGGGUGUUGGAAGCUUCUUUUGUUGGAAAGACUAACAUUGGCUUAGAGCACAUUCUUUCCCUCCCUCCCCCUCUGGUCCCCUCUUUGUCUCGUUUUAGCUUAAGGAAGAAAAAUCAGUUGCACGCCCUGAAAUACUUUACCACUGCUGUGAACAAAUUGUGUCACGUGGUGGCACUCCUGUAAGCAGGGAAAACAGUUCUUUCUUUUUUAUUUUUUUGCAAGAGAAAAAGAGCAACAAAAAUAAAGUGUUUUUUUUUUUUUUUUAUGAGGGGUAAACAUUUGGGUGAACCAUGGUAAGGCUUAGAAAUGUCUUUCAAGCAAAGAGUAGAGUUCUGUAUGAACCCAGAAACAUCUAGAUCAGGGCACGAAUCCACAUUGCCAGUGAAAUGAGACCGAACAGCUAUAUGGAGGCUAUGUGGGGCUGACAUAUUAUUUCCCGGCAGUGCAGGAGGAAUUUCUGAGUGGCCAUUCCAAGCUCCAGGUAGAGGUGGCAAAUGGUACUUGAGACAUUCCAUAAGGAAGGCCUCUGAAGGACCUUUUGGAGGUAGCUCUGGAAUGACAUGUGUUGAGUUGCUUGGAACUCAUGCUUUAAGUGCCUACAUUUCUAACUGUGCUCAAGAGGUUCUCAACUGGAGGAUCACACUCAAGCCGACUUAUGCCCUCCAUUCCACCCCUGGAUAAUUUUGCAUAAAGUUGGAUUAGCCUGGAGCAGGUUCGGAGCCAAAUGUGGCAUUUGUGAUCAUGAGAUUGAUGCAAUGACACAGAAGAUCUUUGCUACAUGAACACUUAUUGCUUUGAAACUAGACUUGAGGAAACCAGGGUUUUAUCUUAUGAGAACUUUGGGUAAGGGGAAAGGGAACAGGAAAAGGCCCCAAACUCAGGUUAAAUGAUCAAGGCUACUGAGAGAGAAUCUUGUCCAAAGACAAGACUUUGGGAAGGUGUCUGAACAUCUACGACACCAAGGCUUAAAGGUACCUUGCUCAAUGGAAGAGGCCAGGACAGAGCUGACAAAACUUUGCUCCCCAGUGAAGACCACAGCAAUCUCCUGCCCGGCCUGUCUGUACAUGUGGAGGAUGCCUGCCUCACCUCUGCCAUUUUGAGUUUGGAGAAGUCAAGUUGUGAGCCUGGAAUAGUGAUCCUAGGAAAAAUGGAUCCCAGUGAAAAUUAGUGCUGAGCCCAUUCACCCAUUCCAUCCACUGAAAAUGUUAUUGGUAACCACCUGAACCAGCGUCCUGGAGUAUUAGAAAGCUGCAAGCAAUUGCUGCAUCCAAGCUGAGUGAGGGAUAUGCUAAACAGGAUGUCCACCAUGACACAGGGGAUGAAGAUACCAUCACCAGAUGAUUUCUAUUUGUUCAGUCUUUCAUUUAGAACUAGCCCAUCUUUUACAGUACCAUCUGAACACCUGUCUUUAAAAGAAGGAAGGCUUUGUGUAGUAUAGGUUUGUUUUGUGCUGUUUGAAAAUAUUAUCUUUGUAAUUAUUUUUAACAUGUAAUGAAUGCUUGGAAUAUCUUCUGUAUGUUAACUUUUUGCAGCUUCCUCUUGGGGGACAAAAUUUAAAAACGUAAGUCCCCAUCACAAUCUCAAAGUAUCACAAGGGCCAGAUCUGUGAAGUGGUUUUGUAGGAGACAUUUGGCUAUUGUGUGGUCACUGGCUCUCUCUUACCCAAUAAGAUAUCACAAUCACAUGCUUGGUGGUUUAUGUUGACCUAAGAUUUAUUUUGUUAAAAUCUUUCUCUGUUGCUGUUUGUUCUUGUUCUGUUCUGUUUUGUUUGUUUUUUAAAGUCUUGCUGUGGUCUCUUUGUGGCAGAAGUGUCUCAUGCAUGGCAGCAGGCCUGUUGCUUUUUUAUGGUGAUUCCCAUUGAAAUGUAAGUAAAUGUCUGUGGCCUUGUUCUCUCUAUGGUAAAGAUAUUAUUCACCAUGUAAAACAAAAAAAAAAAUAUUUAUUGUAUUUUAGUAUAUUUAUAUAAUUAUGUUAUUGAAAAAAAUUGGCAUUAAAACUUAACCGCAUCAGAAGCCUAUUGUAAAUACAAGUUCUAUUUAAGUGUACUAAUUAACAUAUAAUAUAUGUUUUAAAUAUAGAAUUUUUAAUGUUUUUAAAUAUAUUUUCAAAGUACAUAAAA